AUACUAAAAUGGACCGUAAAGAUCAGUUGUUCGUUAUUAAUGAGGUGUGUGAAAUGAAAAACUGCAGUAAGUGCAUAUUUUUUGAAGCCAAAAAGAAACAGGAUCUCUAUAUGUGGCUUUCAAAUACACCACAGGGACCAUCAGCUAAGUUCUUAGUGCAGAACGUUCACACACUGGCUGAAUUGAAGAUGACGGGAAACUGCCUAAGGGGCUCACGGCCGCUUUUGUCUUUUGAUCCAACAUUUGACAAGGAGCCACACUAUGCCCUACUAAAAGAAUUGUUUAUUCAGAUAUUUAGUACACCACAGUAUCACCCCAAAAGCCAGCCUUUUGUGGAUCAUGUUUUCACCUUCACCAUUACGGACGAGAGGAUCUGGUUUCGGAACUACCAGAUCAUAGAAGAAGAUGCGUCUCUAGUAGAAAUUGGGCCUCGUUUUGUCCUGAACCUCAUAAAAAUCUUCCAAGGUAGCUUUGGAGGACCAACUCUGUAUGAAAACCCCCAUUACCAGUCCCCAAAUAUGCAUCGACGGCUGAUUAGAUUGUCAGUGGCAGCUAAGUUGAGAGAGAAACAGCAAGUGAAGGAAGUACAAAAUAUUAAGAAAAAAGGGAGUAAGGUGCUUAUUGAAGAAGAUCCCACUGAAGUGGUCUUUGAAACUCCAGCUGAAGAAAAGCCAGUGGAAAUACAAUAUGUGAAACCAGAGUCAAAGCCAAUUGUUAAAGAUAAAAAGAAGCCACGCAAAAUUCAGAGAAAGAAGCAAAAAAGGCUUUUCAGAACUGAAGCAUCAGCAUGAAUGUUACCAGUGGUGAAACUAGCUGUAUUGACACAAUAUUGUAAAUACUUGUUUUUACAGGCAAAAUUUACUAGACUUCAGUUUUAAAUAAAAUAUCAAUUUCUUUAUUGGGAUUGAGUUCGCACUCUU